CCACAUCGUCAUACACACACACACCCAGCUCAUGCAACGUAGUGAUAAUGACAGACAACGACGAACCAAACACAAUGGACGAAGUCACCCCAGGUCUCUGGAUAGGUAACAUCCACGCAGCCUCCGACAGCGCCCUCCUCCGCGCAAACAACAUCCACUCUGUCCUCUCCUGCAUGCGCGGAAAAGUCCGCGUCGCCGAGACAUUCACACACUUUCAAAUUCAACUCGACGAUACAGAAGACGCAGACGCACUUGCGUUCUUCCCACAGUGUAUAUCGUUUAUCGAGAAUGAGCUGGAUCAGGGGAGAGGGGUGUUAGUGCAUUGUCAGGCGGGGAUGAGCCGGAGUGCGACGAUUGCUGCUGCGUAUCUGAUGUAUGCGGAACAGCUUGAUGCGCAGACUGCGUUGGAGAAGAUCGUCAAGGCUCGGCCUGGGACUCAACCGAACGAUGGGUUCCUCGCGCAGCUCGAUAUAUUCUACCAGGCGAGUUACAAGGUAUCGAAGAGGAACAAAGCAAUGCGUAUGUACUACCUUGAACGAGCACUUGACGAAAUCAUGAAUGGUGAAGGAAUACCCGCCACGGCGAUGUUCGCCUCCUUCCCACGUACUCCAGGGGACUCAACACCAGCGACACCAGGCGCUCAACCCCCACGCAGGCGCAUUCGAUGCAAGAUGUGUCGUACAGAGCUCGCAGCGCGCGAACAUAUGCUCGAUCACGGGCAGGUCGGACCUGCCACGCCUGCAGGUGUUCCUAACCUCUCACCAGCUGCAUCGCGCCGUCCAUCAACCCACAUGCCCGACGGCUCCAAACCGAAUGGUCUUAGUAUGACACCCAAACAAGCUGUGUCAAGGAGAGGCUCGAUGAGCGCGUCGGCGAAUGCGAAUAAUAUGAAUAAUGCGGAAGUGAUGAACUUGGCUACGUUGAAUGGAGAGCCGAUACCGAUUAUGAGGAGGUUGUCCGGGACGAGUGUGGGGAAGCCACAGUUUCCGUUCCCGCCUGGGUUGACACCAAGGAGUGCGGGUGUUUCGAGGUCAGGGUCGUUUGGUGCUAGUGGGGUGUCGCCGAUGACGCCGAUGACGUCGACAACGACUUCGACGAGGCCUAGACGGCCGAGUGGACUUGCGAAUAUGCUCGGUUCCCUAGAGGGUUUAAAUGCUAAUGGUGGAGAUGAGGAAAGUGCGAUUGCAGAUGAUGAUGACGAUGACGAGGCAAACGAUGCCAGCACCGGUAUUGGAAAUGGCGAAGCAAAUGGUGUUAAUGGAAAGCCGGAGAUUGCGGAGACGACUGCACCGAUGUUGCGUAAACCAUCUGGAUAUCUUAGUCCAGCAGACCUUGCUGCACAGUUACAGUCUAACCCGAAGCUUGCUGCGUUACGCUCGACGAGCGGGUUGAGUAUGACGCCUUUGACGCCGCUCACUCCCUCUUCCACCACCACCACCUCCAACACUUCCAACUCAAAUCCUAACAAUCUAACGUUAGGAGGCCUACCCCCGCCGAAGAGCCCCUCAAUCCAACAACUAUCCUCAAUAGCCCCGCCCCUCCUAAUCAACCCAAACUGCUCGGGAUACUUCGUAGAACCGAUGAAGUGGAUGGAGCCGUUCCUUGAGAAUGGAGAGUUGGGAGGCAAGAUUGUGUGUCCGAAUAAGAAGUGUGGUGCGAAGCUUGGGAAUUAUGAUUGGGCGGGGGUGUGUUGUAGUUGUAAGGAGUGGGUGACGCCUGGAUUUUGUAUACAUAAGUCAAAGGUUGAUGAGAUUGUUGUCUGAAGGAUGUGAUGUGGUAGACCUUUGUGCAGAAUAUGGCAGUACUAGUGUUGUAUUUCUCUCUUUUUGUCCCCUUUUACUUGGCUCUAUCUUUGUUAUGAUGUUUGAUGUUUUCAUUUGGUUUUGCUACAAGAUACAAGAUACGUGUAUGAAUGCUCUUUCCCUACCCUCUCC